AUGAAGUCCGUCAUCGCUACCAUUAUUCUGGCCGCCAGCUCGGCCUUCGCCGCGCCUGCAGAGAUCAAGCGAUCCACCAAUCUCCAGAUCACCGACUUUUGGGCCAUUGCAUCCAUCCCAGAAUCCAGCGCUUCAAUGCAUUUUGUUCUCACUGACCCUAACUAUCCCAAUGAUACUCCAACUAAUUGCAAUUUGAUCUGGACUUACGGCAAUUCGCCCAAGCAAAACGCUCGAUGCAACAACGAGGAGUACUAUAUCAAGUUCCCACAGGGUGCUCCCGACUUCAAUCUUUUCACUCUGGAGCUUGAGCGGGUCAAUGGGUCAAUUCCCGAGGAUCGCCAGAUCUUGCUGAGUUCGAACGCAAACGGAGGCGCCCCUGGAACCAAGUGGAUCUGCGUGAACAACCCUUCGGCGGAUAUCAAAAUUCGUUGUGAUUACGAUGGUACUCUCGAGUUCUGA